ACGAAUUUCGAGAUACACAGAACAGUUGCUUUUCUUCUCACGAACUAAAUGAUAAGAUUUCAAGCUGCAGAUUUUGUUAAAUCCAGGAUAUGUUGGCAGAAAGCAAGGAUUCUCUUCUGUUCAAAGCAUAACUUCUCGUACAUGUCCUUGGCAUAAAUUCACUUCAAGAUAAUACACCAUGACUACUGCCAUAAUUCCAGUACUUGCUGCCAUGUACUUGGGAAGUACUUUUAAUCUGGUAAAAUAUCAGAAAGGCAAUGCAGACGUCUUCGAUCAGAGUACUUUGGAAGGAAAUUUACAGGUAAUAGACAGGAGUUUCACGCGAUCUCAGUACAAAUUAGUUGAAACUUCCACUCAAGCAAGAGAAUUCUUGGACGUCAGCGGUGCUCUUUCGUUGAGAAUUAAAAAAGGAGAUAUAUCUGUUGAUGGUACGGGUGCAUACUUAAAAGACAUAGCGGAUCGACAAAAAUUCGUUGAACUUCUCGUUAGAGUUCAACAUGAAACGGUGACGGAGACUAUUCCUUCUCAUUUGAAACCGAAACUGGAUUGGAUGUCAAUGCCUCCUGAAAGCGUAGGCACACAUUACGUGAGAAGUAUCACCUAUGGUGGUGAACUGAUUGCUUCUCUCAGACUCAAAGCAAACAACAAAGAAGAAAGAGAAAUGAUUAAAGCAGCCGUCAGCGCUAAUCUGCAGCUAACUGGAACAUUUGAUCUUAAUGCUAAUGGAAGCUUUGACAAACUGAGAAAAGAUCUGGCUGGCAUGUACAACGAAGAGAUUAAAGUCAUGGCAACGAAGAGCCCAUCAAGCCCUCCUCAGACUGUCGAAGAAUUAAUGAAACUGGUAGAAGAUUAUCCCAAGGAAAUAAAAACGAUAAAUAAAGGCAAAGGCAAAGCUCUCAAAGCUGAAUUGUAUCCCCUCUCUUCUCUGAAAUCAGACUUUCCUAAUUACCUACCGAACAGUGCCAUUAACGCUCUUUUGAAUGAUGUGGAGACAAAAUAUGACGAUAUACGAAUAGUAAUGCAUGAAAUAAUUCCGUGGAAUAAUAACAGAUUGGAUUCUACCGAAGAAGAAGAUGAGAUGGUGGAAGCACUCUAUGCUGCUGUAUCACAAGCCCAAGCUGCUUUUCACAAGGCUAUCAAUGAAUUAGAUGUGUCUAUCAAGGGAAAAGUCGACCAAUUUGAAGAAGCUUUUAAAGCAUAUGGAACAGGCAAAGAGAAUGUUCCAAACAGGUUUCAGAGAUGGUUCUGGAGACUCAGGCAUAAAAUU